ACGCAAAAAUGGCCAGUUCAAAGAUUAUAUUGAAAGUCCUUCUCUCCCUUUGCGUUUGGUCCUUUGUCAUAAUUGGCCUCUUCAAAAUGCAUGGCACCAAUCUAGUCUCGCAGGAGUACAGCGCUGUGCCACUGAGUGGCCGCAUUUUGCUGCAGAAGGACAUAUUGCGGUAUGCGGAAACUACAUCGACGACAACGGAUCGUUUUGAUCCUUCCGAAAUAUUGGUGGACAAUCGGACAGCCAUGGACGAUGAUCAGCUAGUGCGCGAUGUCGAGUCACGCAUCCCCUCUCUACCGAUCGCCUAUUGGAGCAAGAAUAAAAAUUUCCGUCAGCAGAAGUCCAAUACAUGCGCCAAAUAUCCGUCCAUCUUCGAGCUGGAAUUCAACAACAUUUACUGGCAAACGAUGCGCACCUCUAACGGUACCUUUCAGCUGUUUGGCGCCUACUACGACAUACGUAAGACUUCGCGCAUUGGGCCGACGGUGCGCAUACUCGGCAUGAUCGAUCGCAUACAGCCGACAGUGAAGACCUACUGUCAAUUCUGGUUCGACGGUCAGAAGGAGCCCUUCAUUGUAAAGACCUUUGAAUACAAAUACAUCUGGUACAACAAGUGGGGCAACUACAAGCAGGGCAUCCAUCAGCCCUACCUGAUAGCUUGCCAGAUACCGAAACCCUUCCACGGCGUAGUGCCCAGCUCUGUGUCGAUGGUGGAGAAGGAAUGCGACACGGCAACAAACAACUUGCGCGUCAUCUACAAUCGGCCGCCAGAUGACCAGAAGAAAGGCUUCGCGGUUUGUGUCAAAGGCUUAGACUUCCUUUACGACGAUCUGUCUGUGCGACUGAUUGAAUGGAUUGAGAUGCUGAAUAUUUUAGGCGCCGACAAGAUCUACUUCUACAACCUGCAAGUUCAUCCGAACAUCACAAAAGUGCUAAACCACUACGAGCAGGAGGGAAAAGUGCAGGUCAUACCGUUGACGCUACCAGGUGGACAACCGAACGUGCCCGGCUUCCAGCAUCUCUACCUCACCAAGAAGACGAAUCACAAGCGCCAGAACGAAGUCAUACCCUACAAUGAUUGCCUCUACAAGAAUCUCUAUCUGUACAAGUACAUCGCGUUGCUGGACAUCGACGAGGUCAUCAUGCCGAAGGGCAACUUUGUGCUCUGGUCGGAGCUGAUGGAGAAGGUGGUUCCCGAGUCGCUGCAAAUCAAACCGGAGGGCUACAACAGCUACAAUUUUCGGAACGUCUACUUCCUCGAUGACCAACAGCACGAGCAUGGCUGGCACAAGGACAUACCCAAGUACAUGCAUAUGCUGCAGCACGUGCACCGCGCCAAAAACUACACCAAACCCAACCAGUACGUCAAAUGUUUCCAUGACCCAGAGCGCGUGCUCACGCUGCACAAUCACUUUCCGCUCGCCUGCCUCGGUGGUGUCUGCAAAUCCUACCCGGUAAAUACGACCGAUGCGCAGCUGCAGCACUAUCGCGCCGAUUGCGUGAAUACGUUGAAGAAAAGCUGUGAGGAGUACCGCGAGAACUCGGUCGAAGACAAGACGAUCUGGAAGUACAAGGACGAGCUGAUACGACGCACUUUCCGCACGCUCGAUACGCUGGGCUUCUUUAAGCGGCCGCUCGGCUACAGCAACAGCAACGGCGGCAUUGGCUCGACGACGCAUGCCAGUGAGCGGUGAUUUCUGGGCAGUUGGUGGGCGGGCGGCAGCAAUAGCUGGUUGGGAGGCGGCGGUAGUGGUAGUGGCGCGGGCUAUGCGGCAGAUUAUUACGAGCGCGAGCGCUGGCGGGAUACGGCAGCGGGCAGCAAUGAGUUUUCCUGAUAAUUCUGAGCGGAAUUUUGAAGCGAACGACAGGUAAACUAUGAAUGACAUGAAUUGGUUUACUAUUUGUUUCGUACUCGUGAGCGUGCUUGAAUAAGCUUUUAGCGCAAAAGCCUCCCGCAACUGCGCGAGCGAGCGAAACUCCACUACGAAAACGAUUCUCCCCUCAACUAGUUUCAAGGCAUCAGCCUCUAAACCCUCGACCCACAAAAGCCUAUUAUAAAAUAAUAAAAAA